AUGUCUCAACUUUCUAUGCCUGGUCAACUUAUGCAAGUGAAAUAUUUUGGUGACAUUGAGAUGGUUUCAGAUCAUAAUGACGUGCCUUCCUGCGACAAUAUUGUCUCUGCCGAUAGAAUAAAUAUUGAGGGGGAUGACCAUAACUCGUCAUUACCAGAUCUAAUUAUAUUGGAUGAAAACGAUAUGCCUUUUGUAAAACAUAGCAAUUCACGAUCAUUCAAAAAAUCAAAAAAAUCUAGUGCAAAACUGACCAACAAUCAAUGUUUAACUAAUCAGUGCAUUCAGUCUCGAAUUUAUAGUGGACCGAUAAAUAAAAUACCUAUUGUUCCAAUGAAACGUCCUGCUACUACUAUAUUGAAGCGCUAUACUUUUGUACGUACAAAAUCACCACCACGUUUGUUGGAUAAGAAAUUGCGAGGGGAAAAAUGUCAAAACCAGUUAGAAUUAGUUGAUGAGGACAAAAAUAUUCUACCUGAAUAUUUUGCUAGUGGGAGUAAAUCGAAUCCAAUUUCUCUCAUUUCGAGCGAUGACGAGGAUGAUAUUGCUUGGACGAACGACCCUCCUCACGUUGUGGCUAAACAAGAAGUAGCCCAGCCACUUGUCGUUGAGAGUCAUAAAAAAAUUGAUGCUUUAAAUUCAGAACCACAAAAAUUAGAUAUGGUAGUGAAUCCACAUAAAAUCGAAAAUCAGAACUUAUCAGCACAAAGCAUACAGAAGCCAACUCAGAAAUCAGAAUUUGAAGUGCAAUCGAUAUCUCCUCAAGAUGUUGAAAUCAAAGCAGUAUGCUGUGCUUUUAAUAAUUAA